UCGGGAGUUGAGUGUUCAGUGGCGACGGAGCGCGCGAGAGUCAUUCAGUCUGAAGAGAAGCGGAGGAGUCGCGUUCAACUCUCCUCGAGCGCGCUUUCCCAGUCUUCCAGUCCGUUGCACGCGCGGGAGGAGAUGAGCGUAUUUUGGACGGUGUGAGAAGCAGCAGCGCGUGGAGCCGAGCUGGAUGUAGUGGAGGACAAGCUGCUGGCUGUGGCAGCGGCGCAGCGCGAGCUGCGCUUUCAGUCAAGUCGCGAGGAGUGUUUCGGACGGCUCCGUGGCGGGUUUUGUGUGUAUUUUGAAAACGACAGAAACUGACAACAGUUGGGUGGAUUUUCCUAAAGUUUCCUGGUCAAUAGAGGUUGGUUUUCUUCUCAUGAAAGCUGCGGGACAUCUGGAACCUGAAGGCUGAGUUUCUGUCAAAACUGACUCGUUUAGGUCGGAGGCGGGAAGUGGUCGGACCCUCUUUUGUCUGCGGCCGGCGUUCAGCGAGACAGCAUGCGGAUGGUGGAGGAUGGGCCCUGAGUUGGAGUCGGUCCGUGCUGCUCUGCGUCGGGCCCCUCCGUCCAGAGGAAUGACGGCUGUGUGGUGCUCACUCUGGCUCUCCCUCCUGCUGCCGCUCUGCGUCUCACCGGCCAGGCUGCCCACCGCUCAGCCCACAGACUCUGUGUCCAGUGAAACUGCUUUCCUGGAGGACUUUAUCUUGGGCAUGGGGGACACCCUGGACAUGUCGUGCAACCGGAAGGACUCCUUAGAGCCCGUCAUCUGGUUCAAAGACGGCAUUGGACUCUUGUCAGGCAACCGGACGCGAGUCGGCCAAGGGAUGUUACGCAUCAUCAACGUGUCAUACGAAGACUCGGGUGUCUACACGUGCCGACUUGCCCAUACCAACACCCUGCUCAACAACUACACCAUCAGGGUGACAGAUUCUCUGUCAUCUGGUGAUGAUGAAGACUAUGAUGAAGAUCCAGAAGAUGCAGGUAAUGGAAAUGAAGCUCCUUUUUGGACCAAGCCAGAACGGAUGGACAAGAAGCUCCUGGCCGUCCCCGCAGCCAACACCGUCAAGUUCCGCUGUGCCGCCGGCGGAAUCCCGAUGCCAACCAUCCACUGGCUCAAGAACGGCAAGGAGUUCAAGGGCGAGCAGAGAAUGGGAGGCAUCAAGCUGAGACACCAGCAGUGGAGUUUGGUGAUGGAAAGCGCCGUGCCAUCGGACCGGGGAAACUACACCUGUGUGGUGCAGAACAAAUACGGCACCAUCAGUCACACCUACCAGCUGGACGUUUUAGAGCGCUCGCCCCACCGGCCGAUCCUCCAGGCGGGCCUGCCAGCCAAUCAGACAGUGGUGGUGGGCAACGACGUGGAGUUCCACUGUAAGGUUUACAGCGACGCCCAGCCGCACAUCCAGUGGCUCAAACACAUCGAGGUGAACGGCAGCCGCUACGGCCCUGACGGCGCCCCCUACGUCAACGUCCUGAAGAGUAAUGUCAGUAAACACACCGUGGCUCGCAGUAUUCUGAAACUGUCCAACGUGACAGAGAAAGACGCCGGGAAGUACUGGUGUCGUGCCUCAAACUUUGUAGGCAUGUCGGAAAAAGCUUUCUGGCUAAUGGUACACAAACCAGCAGUGAACUCGGGCAAAGACGACUACUACGCCGACAUCCUCAUCUACCUGACGGGCUGCGUGCUCUUCGUCUUCGCCGUGGUCAUCGUCUUCCUUUGCCGCAUGCGAAUGACCACGCAGAAGACUCUCCCCACGCCUCCUGUGCAGAAACUGUCGAAGUUCCCCCUCAAGAGACAGGUAACAGUUUCCUUGGAUUCUAACUCCUCCAUGAACUCCAACACGCCUCUGGUUCGGAUCGCUCGGCUGUCGUCCAGCGACGGGCCCAUGCUGGCCAACGUCUCAGAGCUGGAGCUGCCCUCUGACCCCAAAUGGGAGUUUCCUCGCACAAGGUUGACCCUGGGUAAACCUCUGGGGGAGGGCUGCUUCGGUCAGGUGGUCAUGGCGGAGGCAGUCGGCAUUGACAAGGAGAAGCCCAACAAGCCUCUCACCGUUGCUGUGAAGAUGCUGAAAGACGAUGCAACAGAUAAAGAUCUGUCAGACUUGGUGUCAGAGAUGGAGAUGAUGAAGAUGAUAGGCAAACACAAAAACAUCAUCAACCUGCUGGGAGCGUGCACUCAGGACGGUCCUCUGUACGUCCUGGUGGAGUACGCCUCCAAAGGGAACCUGAGGGAGUACCUCAGGGCGCGCCGUCCUCCAGGCAUGGAUUAUUCCUUUGACACCUGCAAAAUCCCUGACGAGCAGCUCACCUUUAAAGACCUGGUGUCCUGCGCCUAUCAGGUCGCCCGAGGCAUGGAGUACCUGGCUUCACAGAAGUGUAUCCACAGAGAUCUGGCAGCCAGAAACGUUCUGGUGACGGAGGACAACGUCAUGAAAAUAGCCGACUUCGGUCUCGCCAGAGACGUGCACAACAUAGACUACUACAAAAAAACCACGAAUGGUCGUCUGCCCGUGAAAUGGAUGGCUCCGGAGGCUCUGUUCGACCGGGUCUACACGCACCAGAGCGACGUGUGGUCUUACGGGGUUUUGUUGUGGGAGAUCUUCACCCUGGGAGGGUCGCCAUACCCGGGGAUCCCAGUGGAGGAACUCUUCAAGCUGUUGAAAGAAGGACACCGGAUGGACAAACCUGCCAACUGCACACAUGAGCUGUACAUGAUCAUGAGGGAGUGCUGGCACGCCAUCCCGUCUCAGAGGCCCACCUUCAGACAGCUGGUGGAAGACCUGGACCGGAUUCUGUCCAUGACCUCCACUGAUGAGUACCUGGACCUGUCGGUGCCGUUCGAGCAGUACUCCCCGACCUGCCAGGACUCCAACAGCACCUGCUCCUCCGGAGACGACUCCGUGUUCGCCCACGACCCGCUGCCCGACGAGCCCUGUCUUCCCAAACAGCCUCCCAGCAACGCCGUCAUACGGACAUAAGAGCCCGGCGGCGGAGGUCGCGACCUCGCUCACACUCUGUGACAAAUAACCACCUCUCAUCGAAUCAAGACACCUCAAGAUAUGGAAAUUAAGACUUCACGCAAUACUUCCGCAGCUCGUCUUAAACUCUCCAGGCUUUUUUCCUCCGAUUAAAAAGACACUUCGAACAUUGAAGGAUUUUUUUUGUUAGUUUUUUUUUUUUGAGCUGUUUGCGUUCUUUUCAGGAAUGAAAUUCUAUUUUUAUACUCUGGCCAGUCUUUUGCUACAAACAGUGGUGUGGUGAAACCAUUCCGUGCCUCCUGGGAUUUAAACCUCCUGGGACUGAAUUCAGAAAUCGUACGCAGAGGACGUGAAGGGCAUUUUGAAGGCGACCAAGUAGUGGUGCGGCUCUAUCUCCUCUAGAUCUGCACAGAUCACAACGGAAUGCUCCCUCAUGAACAGAAUCCAGGAAGAAAUUUCCAGCAGGACUCAGAGGAGAAGCUCUGAGAGGCGAAGACCUCCAGCCGCAGCGGGUUUCCUCAGUGUUCAUGUUUUUGGGGGUUUUUUCAUCCUAAGAAAAGUUUUUUUUUUUUGUUUGUUUUUUCUCCGAACAAAAUUCCUGGUGAGGUGAGGCGGAUGUCGGGCCCUUUCAGUAGUAAGAACAGCGCCACUUGGAGGACGUUUUUGUUUUUUUCUAUAUCUAGAAAGUGAUUUAUUGUAAAUAUAUAAAUGCAAAUAUGUAUCAUAUCACUGUCCACAGCCAUGUGUGUAAAAGACAAAAACAGAAAAAAAAAUACAUUUAAAAAAAAACUGUUUAUUUGAGGAUGGAAGACACUGUCUAUGCUUUGGAAACAUUUAAUUUUUUUUUAUUUUGGGUGUUGCAGAAAAAAGUUUUAUUUGAAUAAUUAACAUGUAUAUUUGUAAAGGUAUUUAUAGACUUAACAUGCGGUUCUUAAGUUUGAAAACUUCUAGGUUUUAGGUAUUUUAGUACUGUACACAAAGAUUUUUAUUUCGACUUUUUGUAACUUAUUUUGCAACAGAAAUGAUUUUGUCACAAACUGGCAGACGUUUUUUUUUUUUUUUUUGAUCCACCUUUUUUUUCCCGUUGGUUUGUUUACUGUCCGAAACAGAGAAAUGAGAAUGUAUGGCAGGAGACGACGUUUCUGAGAGCGAGUGUAGUGCGACAGCCGGACGUUGGCCUGUGACUCCGGAGCGCCACCCGGAGGGGCUGCCGGGUUCUACUUCUGGUUUCACAUGUUGGCAUUUGCACUAAGGAAAGAAUGAUGAACUCUUGCUGUGCAAGAAAUAGCAGCGCAUCACAGAGACCUUUCACACAGACCAUCAUUCUCAAAAUAACCUUCACCUUCUGUCAAUCCUACAGUUUUAAAGCAUGAAUAUGACUUUUAAAAGUACGUAAAUCUGACCUUGCAAAUAUGCUCACUGCAGAUUCCAUCAAGUUAUUUAUUAAACAAAGAUGUGAUCAGAGUUUUAGGGUUUGUUCAAACGUCUUGUCCACACGUAGCCGGAUGUUUUAUGAAAACCCAUUUUAAAAUAUUGUACAAUCGGGAUCGUUUUCAGAAAAGUUUACAUCCACAAGAACCUGCACAUAUACGCCACUGAAAGUUGUUUUCAUCAUGCCGCACCCAUAGGGGGCAGCGUAGCACAAAGCUAAGACCUACUGUAUGUCAGCCAAUCAGAUUGCUUCAAAACGACCACUACAACGAUCUCUGUCUGGAAUUAAACGUGGCAUCAGGACGUUCAUUUGUGUUGUCAGGUAUGUAGCUUUUACUAGUUUUAAAUUAGUUAUCGAUUGGGAAUCAUGUCAGAACAAAUAUGUGGAUAUUUUAGCACAUUAUUUGUCGCAGUCUGUAACGCACGGAACCCCAAAUCUCCGUUUUCCCAUAUGCGCACGCAAAUACUUCUUGUCUUGUCAAAUCUGACCUGGUCUGAGUUCUUCAAAUUGUUUUUAGUGACAUGAAACUGAGUUUAUGUGUGGAUGGAAGGUCCAAAACGUUUUGGAAAUGUAUUCGUUUUCCAAAAUAUCUGGCUACAUGUGGACUAGGCCUUAAAAACUCUCCCAAAACCCAACAUACAUACACUAUGGAAAACUUUAACAUUUACAGCACUGCUUUCUUUUUACUCCAAGCUGUGAAACACAAGAGCCUUCUGACAGCCGCAAUCUGUUUUUAAAGGACAAAGGAAUUAGAGAUGCACCGAUCAGAAUGUUUUGGCCCAAUUUCCAGUCCUGUUUUGUUUUAUAACCCUUACCUGCCAAUGCUGAAUGUAGCCAAAUCACAAUUUAAGAGCUAUAAACAAUUCUGAAACAAAAAUUGAUGUGCAGUUGGUCUAUAAGUGGAAGUUUUAAUGUCUAAAAUUGGUUUUUAUGGCUUUUGUUACAUGAGGACCUUGUUUAGCUCAGAUUGAUUUGCAUUAAAAAAGAACUAAAAAAUGUAAAAAGAAAAAAAGUGGACCAGAUGAGCUUCAGAACUGAUUUGGCAAAUGUGUUUCUCUUUUUUUUUUUUUUUUCCCCUUUUUGUGUUAACUUUUUACGGAAAAGCGAAAAACCACCUCAAGCUAGCAUAAACACUUUUGUUGAAUUUUGCCGGUCCAUAAACCUUUUUCUAAGGCGACACUUAAAAAAACCGUGAUGAAAACACGGCCAGUACCGGUCACUAGAUGAUUGGUGCAUCUCUAAAAUAAAUAAAUGACUUUGUUUGCCUUUUUAAGGGUUAGUUAAAUAGGUUUGGCUAACCCGUUAGCUAAACCUGUUUAGCUAAAUCUGUUAGCUAGCCUACUUUAGCUAACCCUCAAAAGGGUUUUAGCUAACCCUGUUUAGCUAACAGGGCUAGCUGUCAGCUAACCUCUGGCCACACUACUUCUUUACUUCAGAUUGGACGUGUUAAAUACUCAAAUACAGUGACUGACAUGGGUUGCAUUAUUCUGUUUCCUGCAGUUUUUACAGCAAUAACCAGAAAAUAUUCAUGUAAUUCACAAUUCUUCAAAGAGGCUUUCAUUCAGUGCAGUCCUGCUAGGACGCGGUCAAAGCUCUUAAAUAUUUCGCAGUAGCUAACAAUUACAUAAAAGCAUCCAAGUUCCAGUGAGUGCAAUUGCAUAAAUCUAUUUUUAAUUAAAAAUGUGCCUCGCAGGGUUUUAAUCACAGAACAUUCAAAGGUCAUAAGGUCAACGCUGCUAAUACUCACUAGUAAAGGUUUAGCUUAAGGGGUAAAUAAAUGUUUUAUUUUUUCUCGUUGACGGAGCAAAAACUGCCCAUUUUAUUGCCUCUCUAUAGUGUUAUUAUUACUGGAUGAAAUGAAGGCUUGUUGUGUGACUCGGACCGCACAGCAAUAAAAUCAAACAUAUGUUUUGUGUGUGUCCUUCGAUUGUGUCGCGAAAAGUGCCAAAUUUAGUCUUAAAAGCCCGACUUUAUCCGAUCUCUGAACCAAAUCCUGCGCCGGUGAAUGUAGGUGGCCAGAAGUAUUAGGAAGAGAAUUACAAAAUGGGUUUUCUUAGUAGUGAGGCUUUCUCUCUCUCUCUCGUUUUUUUUUUGUUUUUGUUUUGUUUGGGGUUUUUUUUUCUAACUGAUCCCUCAAAGUUAAAAAGCAUUCAGUCUGAAAUGUUUGCAAAGUCACAGAAGGGAAAGGACUUUUACGUGGCAUUGAUGGGUUCGCAGAUUUACUCGCUGCUAAGUGGAACCGGUGGGAAAGUGUUACUGUGCAAUCAGAAACCAGCUGGACUCACCAACAAGUCAGCGCCAGUACUUCCUUAAGUCGUUUUUAUAUUUGAAGGACUUAAAAUGAAAUACAAAUUGGGGACUAUAAUUUUGCAACAAUGUCCAAAUUGUUUUUAUUUUAUUUUUGCUAUUGGCACCAAAAUUCUGUCAGGAAUAAAAAAUAGUUCAGUGGAAGCUUCUAUAGGAGAUGCUUUUUGUGUUAUUAUCACAGUUGUGCCUCAAUUACAUGAUUUAGCAAAAGGGGAUUGAUUGAUUUUUUUUUUUUUGCAUCACAUUAUGAAUGUAUAAAUGCGUAUUUUUUUUGUUUUUGUUUUGUUUUUUUUUUUUAUUAAAAUGUAGAUCUUAAAGGAUGCAUUCUAGGGCUAACUGACCUGGUCUGUUCACUAAUGUUAUUAAUAUUAUUAAGUGAGCCAAACAGACAAAAAAGCACUUCUGUAAAGAACGGAUGGAUAUAAUGAAACAAGUGGUGUUUUGUUCUUAUUUAUUCUUCCAUGUUGGGUAAAAGCUUUCCCUGUGGUGAGAGUAUUUUAUUCAGAGCUGUUGGCUUCUCAGUGUUUUUAUUAAGAGCCAGAAGAAGAGAAUUGUGAUGUAGAGUUGGAACUUUGUUUGGUCCUUAAAAAGCUUUCCUUCUGGUUUAGUUUCAUUUAUGUUUUUUUUAAUUGUUAUUUUAUCUUUGAAUGCCCUUCUUCUCUUUGUUAGGUCUCUUUUGAAAUGGAUUUUUUUUCUGUUCUGGUAGCAAAUUUAAAGACCUGCCUCACUUCCUAUUUUUUUUUGUGAUUUAUAUAUAUAUAUUCACAUAUAUAUAUAUAUAUUUGUUUUGUUUUUUUUGUUUAAUGAAAAUGAAUUAACAUAGCUUACUAACAUUAGAACUGACUCCAAAUACAUAGUUUUAUUUAUGCAGCAGAAUUGGAAGCAAAUGCAUUUCAUUACAUAUCAAAGGUACUUUUUGUGACUUACAUUGUUUUCUCUGCAUUAAAAUGAAAUUAAAAGGAUAUUUCCCUCUG